UACGACGAAAGGCGGGACAUUCGGCAUCUGGGCGCCGGAUGCUUUUUCUUGGCCCUGACUGGAACGGCGGUCGGGGCAGACGUGAGGGUGAUGGCGCUUAGGUGGGGAGUGCUGUGGGUCGCCUCGGUGCUUCUGGCAGUUGUUUCUGCCAAUGAAUUCAGUGUAUUAAGAACUCCUGAAUCUGUUAUAUUUCGAGAAGGAAAUUGGCCAAUUCCUGGAGAACGGAUCCCAGAUGUGGCAGCCUUAUCCAUGGGCUUCUCUAUUGAGGAAGAUCUCUCUUGGCCUGGGUUAGCAGUAGGUGAUCUCUUUCGGCGUCCGCGAGCUACUGUUCUUGUUACUGUAACAGGGAUAGACAAGCUAACAAUGCCUAAGAAUGGAGUAUCUUACCCAGUUGAAAAUGCAGUUCCCUUCAGCCUGGAUGGGGUUGCAAAUGCAAUACAUACUUUAUUUUCUGAGGAAACGCCAGUAGUUGUCCAACUAGCUCCUAGUGAAGAAAGAGUUUAUAUGGUGGGAAAAGCAAAUUCUGUAUUUGAAGAUCUUUCUGUCACACUGCGGCAGCUUCGGAACAGACUUUUCCAGGAUAAUUCCAUUCUUGCUUCUCUUCCCCUCAACUCAUUAAGCAGAAACAAUGAGGUUGAUCUCCUCCUCUUGUCAGAAUUGCAAGUUUUGAAUGAUAUCACAAGCUUGCUUUCUAGACACAAACAUCUGGCCAAGGAUCAUUCACCAGAUCUAUAUUCUCUAGAACUUUCUGGGUUGGAAGAAAUACGUAAAAGGUAUGGGGAAGAUUCACAGCAGUUCAAGGAUGCUUCUCAGAUUCUUGCAGACUCUCUGCAAAAGUUUGCAGAUGAGAUGUACAACAUCUACAGUGGGAAUGCAGUGGUAGAAGUGGUAACUGUGAAGACUUUUGAUACUCCCUUUGUGAGAAAAUCCAGAUCUAUUCUACAAUCCUCAGAGAGCAAGACUGAAAAUCCAUAUAACCUAGGAUAUGCAUACAACUUUAAUUAUGCUGUUGUCUUCAAUAUAAUUUUCUGGAUCAUGCUUGGACUGGUGAUAGCUGUGGUGGUUAUCUCCUACAAUCUGUGGAAUAUGGAUCCAGGCUAUGACAGCAUCAUUUAUAGAAUGACCAACCAGAAAAUUAGAAUGGAUUAACCUUUAAAUGAAAAUCUUAGAGGAGAAAUGCUUCUUCAGUAUUCUGGCAGCAUUCAGUAUGGACUCUUCAUAGUGUGAAUAUUUUUAUGAAGUAUACAUUUGUUUUGUGAGGAUAUAUUAAAGGGUAAUAGUGGGUAUAGCUAAUGUGCAGAGUUGAAAAUGAGCAGGACUACACAACCAUGAGCUAAUUCAAAUUGAAAUAUAUAUUUAUUCUACCCUGUGACCGUGCAGUGUGCAUUUUGCUGUAAGGGUGUUUCUUUAUAUUGCUUACGACUAAUAUUCUAUCAGUUUUCUUACACUGAAAGUUUAGGAUGUUUUCUUGAACUGUGUUAUAGAUAAAUAAAGUAAUUCAUGAUGUAAAUAUUUCAAAUGUUAGGAUUUUAAACCUAUUAAGCUUGAUUAUCCAUUGUAAAAGUUUCUUUAAGCAGAGGUACCUUUUUAAAAUACAACCUUGCUGUACAUGUACGUAUAUUCACCCUAAAUGUUUAUUCAAAGUUACUGUGUUUCUUAAAAUAAUGAAGUAGAAAUACUCAUGAAGGAAGAGAAAUACAUAUGGGUGCAGCAUCUGUAUUAAUAAUUGUAGGAAUGUAGGAUCUUGUGGUAUUUAUGAGUAGUGAAUUCUGAUGAAAAAUUCAGUUAUAUACCAUGUUCUUUUGUCACGUGAUCAGUUAACAAAUGGUACAUAGUGGCCUGUGUUCUGUACUUGACAUGAUGUAUUUCAGUUCUUGAUAUACGCUAAAAAACCCAAAAAGUCUGAUAUUUGAGUGGAAUGUUUUAUUGGGCAUCAAAUGCUAGGUAUAAACAUAGCACUGAAGAUGGUAUAGGCCUUGACAUCAAAUAGAAUCUGCUUGCAGUGCAGAAUUAAUAUUAAACAAAUGUAAUGGCUUGAGAUGUUUGAAAGAUUGUUGUUAUGGUAACACUGCACAAAUUCAUUUACUGUGAGGAACUGAACAGAUGUUCUACUACAGAGAAUAUAAAGUAUUUAGCAUAGAGAGUCAACUAACAUUCCAUUUGUAACUGUACUUAAUUAAAUGUUAUACUAGUGCAGGGGUGUCAAACUCGAUUUCAUUGAGGGCCACAUCAGGGUUGUGUUUGACCUCCAGAGGCCGGGGUGGGCGUGGCCAGCUUGACGUCACUUGUGUUGGGUGCGCCUGUGGUGGCCCAAGCACUCUACCAGUGAAAACAGGUACCCGAGCUCUAUUUUCAGCUCCUACAUCCUCCUGCAACCCUCUGCCAGAGAAAACAGAGCUCCGUUUUUGCCAGCAGAAGCACUGCGGGCCGCUCCUUCACUGUUUUCAGGACAGGCCUGUGGGCUAGAUCUAAGUACCCUGCAGGCCGGAUCUGGCCCCUGGGCCUUGUGUUUGACUCCCCUGUACUAGUUGUAUACAUUAAUAUUCUUUAAUUUACAAGGUUGGGUGCAUUGGUAUAUUGAUAUUCAACUGCUAUAAGAGGGAUGUCCAAUUUUCUUCUAGAUCUUGUAGGUGGCACUAUGAAUAUGCUAGGUCUUGGUUACUUAUGUUCUAGUUAAACUGUACAGGUGUAUUUUCAGUUAAUGUAAACACAUAUAGGUAAAAAAAUUCACAACCAUACACACGACUGAAAAUACUUGAAUUCUAGUUCCAGCUGGGACAAUAUUUCCCAUUGUAAAAACAUUUGUUUUGUUUUGCUUUGCUUUAGCUAUAUGAUCAGAAUUGUGAGUUAUAAUUUCUUUCUGAUGAAUCUGACCUCUUUAAAAAAAACAAAUUUCUCUCAGUAGUUUUUGGAAAAAAAGGAGUUGGUCUGCAGAUCUGAAAUUAAUCUGAAACUUGAGAAAAUAAAUAAUAUUUAACUGAUGUAUUUAAACAAGUUCCAAUUGGAAAACUGGCAAGUAAGGGACUGAUAUAAUAGUACUAUUACAUUAGUAACAUCAUAUAGUAUUAAAAAUAAUACUGUAGGCCACUAGCAAUAAUAGCAUGAUAGGGUCAAAAAUUAGACACUGGUUUCCCUGUAGUAGUGUCAGUUUAUAAAUUGUUCAAUACUGAUAUGAAUAAAAAGAUUUGUUAAGAGGUGAUGUCUAUAGGUUCUAAUAAUUCAUCUAAAACAGGUGUCAAACUUGCAGUGUCACGUUGCCAUCAUGUGAUGUAUCGUGCUCUUUUUACCCUUUGCGGAGCUGGGGUGGGUGUGGCCUGCGCGUGAUGCAUCUGGCCUGUGGGCCACCAGUUUGACACAUAUUGAAAUGAAUAAUUUCAAUAUUAAUAGAAUUGAUCAAUGUUAAUAUUGGCCUUGGAUAUGACAAAACAUCUGCUUUAAAACUCUUAAGCAUAAACUAUUCAGUGUAUUACUACAACAACUGAGAGAAGAUCAGUUUGCCCUAAUACUGUUGGCACAUCUGACACCAAAAUAUUUUUAACUUGGGCUAAAUUAUAAAGGAACGUUUGAAGGAACAACAUGUACUCAUUCAUAUUCAAGAACCUUAGCUUUACAGUUGAAGUUUGAAGAACUUAAUCAAAUAUUGCUCCUCUAAAUAUUAAUCCUAUACUGUAAUAGAAUCUUUUGAAAUGUCUGCUUCUGCUUCCGACUUUAAAAUAAUCAUGCAUGCAUUAUGGGAUGUUGGUAGCAUAAUGAAUAAGAUCUUUUUAAAAAAAAAAUUAAUAUGCUCUUCUGUAUUCAUACCCAGGCAAUCUUAAAGUAAAGGUAUGCCAUUUAUUUUCUGCAUAAUUAUCCAAUAUUGAAAUCCUUUUUCUCAAUCCUUUGGGAAAUAGUACUAUUUAGUUCAUGAGGGUUUGUUCCUAUAUAAGUAUGGAGAAAACUACAGCCCUUUACCUACUAGAUACUACUUUUAAAUUUAUUGUUUGGAAAACAAAAAGAAAUAUAUGUAAUUAUUGAGCCUAUUGUUAACUUAAAUUUAUUGGCUGUCCAACUGCAAUGGAUCCUUGGUUUCUUUGGGUUCAGAAUAAAUAUUUCAGUCGCUAAAUAAAGUUAUGUUCUCUAUACAAA